AUGGUGGCGUUGGCUUCGGUCCUCCUGCCUGUUGCAUUGGAGCUCCACGGCCCCGCCCGGCUCCCAUUAAUGGCUGUGGACCUGAGCCGCCCUGAGAUCUGGAAUUGUAUUCGUCCUGGAGGUUGGUCAGAAUGGUCGAAAUGGUCAAAAUGUAGAGAAGGAGUCCGAAAAAGAAGAAGAAACUGUAAUAAUCCAUUGCCAAUCGCAACAAUUUGUUACGGUUCAAAAAUUGAAAAACAGAAGUGUGCGGUUUCAUCGAAUAUUCCUGAAUACCUGUUUGGAGAAUGGACCUCAUGGAAUCCAUGGUCUCGAUGCGAUUGUAACAGUAAUCAACGGCUACGAUCUAGGCACUGCAAAGGAAAUUCUUGUGAAGGUUGUGAUAAACAGUAUGAAGAUUGCCUCCCAGGUUCGUGUCCAGUGAGCAAGAAAUGGUCGUCUUGGACAGAUUGGGUGGAUUACGGAAUUGAGCAAGUUAGAUAUUCUGCAUGGUGUUCCUCUUCAAACGUGGCAAAUGUGGAUGUUGGAUUCAGAACAGAGGUCCAAGAAUCAAAUAAACACGCUGAGUGGUCCGAAUGGAAUAUGCAUCCAGGAGUCACCUAUCGUUAUCGUAUACUUCGAAACUCGAGUAUUUCCAUUGAGCAUCAUCUUCUUUCAAGAUCCACGUCGUCCUGCCUUCCUCUAUACUUUGCAAUUCCUAUUUUUUGUUUUUCUAUUUUGACGGGUUUCAUACUUCAAAACAUAAUUUUGUGUGUUGUCAAUAGAUGUCAACGAAAAUUCUCGAAGUUGACUUAUUCGUACGAUUCCGAUCCACGUGACUAUCCAUCUCACUUGAUUCGUUCUCCGAAAGAUGAGAGUUUUUGGUAA